AUUUACACCCACUUGAGAUCCUUAAAAACAUCAAAAACUACUACUCCACCUUAAAUACAUGUAGAUAUUUAUGUAUAAUGAAAGAGGUUUUCCUAUAAUAUUGGAUGUGUAUGCUGUGUGCGUUUUCUUAUGACAUUAGAUAUGUAUGAUAAGUGCUUUUCCUUAUAACAUUGGAUAUGUAUGCUGUGUGCGUUCUCUUUUUCCUAACUGCAAUUUUUAAUUUGACUGUUGGGUGUCCAGAUUGUUUUGAAAAAAUCGACACUAUAAUUCAAAAUACCUUACGAUGCAAAUCAAAACAGAUUGUUGGGGUUUCAGUUGCUGUGGUAAGAUCUGGAGAAGAUAUUUUAGUAAAAGGAUACGGCGUGAAGGAUUUAGACACGAACGAAACAGUGACGGAGGAAACUUUGUUUGGAGUAGCGUCCUUGUCAAAAGCUUUCGCAAGUACAUUACUUGUGAAACUAAUAGAGGAGAAAACAAAUAUUUUCAGAUACUCUCUAAACACAAAAGUCAGUACCAUAUUUAACAACGAAGGGAUUUUUAUCGACUUGUUAAGGUCAAAGUAUGCUACCGUCCGAGAUCUUUUAUCUCAUAGACUGGGAAUACCAGGAAACAACCGUAUACGAUUGGAUAACAACUUGACACGUGCUAAUGUUAUACAUCGAUUAAAGUAUUUGCAACCAAAAGGCUUAUUCCGAGACAGUUUCCUCUACAACAAUUUGAUAUACGGUGCACUGACGCAUCUUGCUGAAUUGAUUGGUGGAGACAGUUGGGAGAACUUAGUCAAGACACAUCUUUUUGAUCCAAUCGGUAUGAACUCUUCUUCCUUUUUGACAACAGCUGAUUUUGAGAAGAUUGACUUAGCUAAAGGGUAUAUUGAAUAUUAUGGUGAUCUGAAACCUGUUCCAUUUGAAUUUUCCAGACGAUGGGCAGACUUGUGUGGUUCCGGUUGUGUAUUGUCAUCGGCACGUGAUAUGGCAAAAUGGAUGAAAUUCUAUCUGGAUGAAGGGAAACUAGCUAAUGGCACAAUACUUAUUUCGAAAGAUGCAUUUAAAGAUUUAACAAGACCAGAAAAUAUCAUUGCGACAACCUAUACGUCGUCCUACUUUACUAAACCAAAAGUUCCUGUAACAACAAGUAAUACAGGAUAUGCCCUGGGAUGGAGAACUGGACACUACAGAGGAUACAAAAUGCUGGAACAUUCUGGAACAACGUUUGGUUACAGAGCACUACUUUCCGUUUUCCCCACUGCUGACCACCUUGCCAUUUAUACUGCAAUGACUGGAAAUGAUCCUAGUUAUUUGUACAGACAAACCUUGCACAAUGUAAUAUUUGAUAUAGUUAUGGGUUAUAAACCAUGGUUAAACUCAUCAACAAUUUGCUCCUAUCCAAGACCAUGGUUAAAUGCAAAAGUCAAAUCUUUGAAGCCAAGGUACAGCAAGCAAAGGAAACCUUCGCGUCAGAUUACUGAUUUCUAUGGAAUAUACAAGAAUCAUGCUUAUGGAAAUCUUGAAGUGAAAAAACACAAGGAUAGAAAUAAACUAACAGUGGUUUAUGGUUUUAGUAACUUCGUUUUGUAUCCUAAAAACAAAACAGAUGAAUUUUAUGGUGAGUCUAUCGGGACUACGGCACACAUAUUCAACUUCUACUCAUUUAAAUUCAGUUUUGAAAAUAAAACUGUCAAAUUGGAGAUACCCAAUUUUGAAUGGAAAGAUCCUCCAGAGUUUAUUAGAGCAGAUGAGACCAGUCUAACAAACAAAAGUUGUUUUUUAAAUGCGUCAAAUAAUAUUUGCCUCGUUUUACUUUAUUUAGCAUUUUCAGUGUUGAUACUCUAAUGUGUGUAAAUGAACAACGUUAAUGUUUUCAUCUUUCUUUAAUAAAUGUUCAAAAUGUCAA